AUGAGAAAUAUGUGGUUUGGUGGCGAUUAUCUUUCGGAAUCGCUCGAAAGUGGCACCAUUCACUUUCAUAAGAAGAAACAGAAGCGAUGGUGGAAUGCGUAUUUACUGAUCUAUGAAAAGGUACCAGCAAGCGCGUCAGUAUUUUUAGCUUCACUGGGGGAGAUGACCAGCUCAUCCUCGUCUACACUGCCAUCGCAUUCACCUCUUUCCUCGUCCAACAGUCCCGUUGGCUUGGACAAAAAAAUUGGCGCCAUGUCCAUCAGUACUCGCAUACGUCAAAUGCCGCCGAGACUGGAAGCAUUAAUUCGUGGCAAGAACACGUGCGCUAUGCAUGAACGAUCUCAGUAUGUUACUUGCUUUUCAGUUUGUAGCUGCGAAUUUUUAUACUUUUUCUUCCAAAAUACAAAUCUAUGUUUUCGGUGUUCUCCCAAGCAAUUCUUGACUUUCGAAAGACGGAGCCUCGACUGCGUUUCUGUUUCUCACACGGCAGGCCUACCCACAUGUGCAGUCACGUCAAAGUUCGCGGUUGGCGCCGUGCCAACUUGA